UGUCAGCGGCCAAAGUCCGGCCGGCGGUGUGGCGGCAGACAGUGUGCGCGAGGCGGCGGCCUUCAGUCUCUCCUCAGCGAGGAACAGCGACGUUCCGGUGCCCUCGUCCUCCUCCCUGCCUGUGACGCCGCCGCACCAUGCCGCCCGUGCCCUUGCUGAUGCUCUGCCUCUCCCUCUCCCUCGGGGCUGUCCUCACCCAGGAGCCCGAGCCCAUCGUUGUGCAGCUGAACGAGACGCAGGGCGACGACACCGACACUGACUGGGGCCUGGACACCAUCCGGGGCAGCUUUGAGGCCGUCAAUGGCUACUUCGACUCCAUGCUGGAGCUACUGGGGGGCCGGGAUGGGGUGUGCCAGUACCGCUGUCGAUAUGGGAAGGCUCCUCUUCCUCGCCCAGACUAUCAGACUCCCGAACCUAAUGGCUGCAGCUCCUACUUUCUAGGCCUCCCACUGCCUGACGGGCUGGACUUAGGCAUCCCAGCCAUGACGCGCUGCUGCAAUCAGUUGGACCUGUGUUACGACACCUGCGGCUCCAACAAGUACCGCUGUGACUCCAAAUUCCGCUGGUGCCUGCACUCCAUCUGCUCUGACCUCAAGAAGAGCCUGGGCUUUGUGUCAAAGGUUGAAGCUUGUGAAGCGGUCGCCGACACAUUGUUCAACACCGUGUGGACACUGGGCUGCAAACCCUUCAUGAACAGCCAGAGGGCAGCAUGUAUCUGCGUGGGAGAGGAGAAGGACGAGCUGUGAGGGGAAGGGCGAGGCCCAGCAGGGGGCGCUGAAGAGGAAGAGGGACGUCACCAAUCAUCAUGGGCUGUGACGCUGUGUAAUGACCUGCUCUACUGGCUCCAAGCCCACAGAAUAUUAUUAUUGUUUGUAUUAGUGGAGAAUCAUAUUAAAAGUUAUUAUAAGUUAUAAAGUGUAUAUAUAUAUAUAUAAAUAUUUUGUUCCAUUAGAGGUGUUGGUUUGACUCAAGCCUUUAUGAUGUGAUUUAACUUUUUAUUGUAUUAAAUGCGAUUCUUAAUGUU